AUGCUGAUCGAAAACCUCAGUUUCACUUGGGAUGGACUCAGGUCACACCGGCAGCUCGCAUGUUGUCACUGUUACUGUGGGAUACCAGUGCACAAAAAGGACAUAUUGGUUUACAGCCAUACAGACACUGACCUGAAGCCCCUCGUGCUUACUGGGCACCAUGGUGAGAUAGGCGCCAUGGCUUUUGGAAAAGGAAGCAGACCUGUUCUCCUCUGCUCCGCCUCUGCUGAUUAUAUCAUCGUCUGGGAUGUGGAGCACUGCCAGAAGAGAGUGAAGGAGGGUAAAGUUGCAGCUGGAGUAUUAAUCGGGACUCUACUGGGUGAAGUCGUCCAUCUUUCCUUCUGUUUCUCAUAUGAACGAGUGGCCGCAUGUUCAGGGGCCACUGUGUAUAUCCUCAGCUCAAAGAGAAAUGAAGUAAUAUCUACCUUGACUGGCCACCUUGGACCUUUAACAUCAGCCGAGUUUUGUCCCUGGAAUAAAGACAUUCUCAUCACCACAUCAGAAGACCGCACUUUUAAAGUGUGGGAUUUAAGAACUGAAGCUGUUUGCUACCAGUCUUUUGUGCUUUCAGCCUCUCCUCUGCUCAGUGCAUGCUUCGUAGAGGAGACCAGGCAGCUUAUCACUGGCUCAACUGAUGGACAGGUUUGGAGCUUUUCCCUCAAUGAUGACCACAAGUGUCACCUGGUGACCAAAAUGGAUCUUCAGAAGAUGGAAAAAAGACAUCACACGCACCAAGAGACUGUGAGACAUCAAGCAGGCAGUGCAGAGCAAUCAGAUGAAGAUAACGUGGAAACUGCAAAGCCAGUCAUCAAAAUGGCUUCAUGUGGUUCAUUUACUGACACUGGUAAUGAGCAGCAAAGGGACAACAGCUUUUUGUGCAUUGGAAGCUCUGAUGGCCUUUAUGUGGUAGACCUGGCUACAUCCGAACUCCUAACAGUGCUGUAUUUCAAAGAUGAUUCCAACUUGAGCAUCGCGCUGGCGAGGUCGUGGACAAUCUCUCCGGGCCUGAAUAACUCUAUGGUGUUCUUAGUGACCUCUCUGUUUACUCCAAGUGUGGCGCUGUUGGAGUUGAAUCUUUGUGACCUGGAGAUGUUCGGGGCUCGUGGUGAAGGCUUGUCAGUGUUCCCGAGCUCUCCGCCGCUGCCUGAAUCUCCUCUGAACGCUCAGUUUAAGAAGAAGGAACCCAGUCUUCCUAAAAAGAAAGGAGGAACAAAGGAUCAGCCUCUGGUUUACCACACAAAAGUGAAGUCGUCUGGAUACACCACUACCCCACGGAGGAAUAUGUUCUCGCCUAAAAAAACAAAUUCUCAGAAGAAUCCUUCCUCUUAUAAGGCUAAAAAAAAUACAGGUUUAUUUCUCAGAGAUUAUCCAGCAGACAAGGCAGCACCUACGAUUCCACACAGUGAUCUCAGCGUUACUGACAAACCAGUCCACUGCCUCCACUAUUCAGGUGACGGAAAACAGAUCCUGUGUGGUCUUGGCGACAGCUCAGUGCUACUGUACAAGUCAUCCCUCACCGGCGAUCCAGCUGUCUACACAGGCCAUGAUAAACCGGUGAGCAGCGUCAGCUGGAGCCUCAGCAGACAGUGCUGGUUGAGUGCAUCAGAAGACCGGUCGAUUCGAAUCUGGGCCAAUGGCAGCAAAGAACCUGCGAUUAUCAUGGGAAACAACUCCAUUCCCAAGCCCAUACGAGGUGCUCAGUUUUACUACCUCGACAAAUUCCUGCUUUUUGCAUCAGGACCCUCUCUGUACCUGUACCUGUAUGACGUGGACACCACGCACGACAACAUGAAGAGAUAUCAGCAGCGGAGUGCAGUCAAAUUGGCCAAGUGCUUUACAACGACAUCAUCAACAGACAUCACAGCCUUCUCUACAGUCAAUGAUUUCCUCUCUUACAUCGUCCUACUGUGUGGCUCCGAUCGAUCCAUUCAGGUGUUUGACAUGAACAGGAGCACAGUGGUCUCCCAGCUGCCCGACGCCCACAGCAGAGCCGCCCACUGCAUUACACAAAACAAGGGCUCCAUGUUCAGCACACAGGCACCAGACUCAUACAACCUCUUUCUGACCAGUGCAGUCACAGAUGGUGUGAAGAUUUGGGACCUCCGCUCACUUAGAUGUGUCCGCCGCUAUGAGAACCACGUGAAUCGCUGCCUCCCAUGCUCCUCGGCCAUCUCGCCGUGUGGCCGCUUCAUCGCGACAGGCUCCGAGGAUAACGCUGCCUACGUGUAUGACAUCCGAAGCAGCAGCGUCCUCCACAAACUCCAAAAACACUCAGACACGGUGAUCAGCGUGACGUUUAACCCAGCCACACCAGAGCUGCUGACUGGGACCCUGGAUGGGAAGCUGAGACUGUUUCAGCCCAGUAGUGGGGCCAGUCUGUCUCAUUACACCAGUGCUGCUGUGCAUAGUAUCCCCUACAUGACUGGGUAA